UCAAAAUCCAACAGGGCUUUGGGCAUUUGCAGUUGCUCGGAUGGCAGUGUUUCUGUCAUGUCAGUCGCCACUGUCUUCCUCCCUUCAACCUCCAAAACUGUCCACAAUCAACUCAAAACGCUCAAUCUCCAUUGCCCAUAUCCCCAAAACAUUCAGAACAAGCUACCCAUCUCUGACCCAUCAAACCAUUUGCUGUUCUAACUCCAGUUCUCAAUCAGAAUCCCAUAGUUCUACUUCAGCAGGAGUUUUCAUCAAAGGAUUGCCUCAAUCAACCGCUGAAGGACGUUUGAAGAGGGUGUUUUCACAGUUCGGGGAAGUUAAACAGGCAGUCCAUGUUGUCAGAGAAAGAGUAUCUAAGCAGUCCUUAGGAUCUGCUUUUGUUUGGUUCGAUGAGGAACAAUCGGCCCAGUUAGCCGUGAAGGAGAUGAAUGGAAAGUUUUUUGAUGGCAGGUUUAUUUUAGUUAAAAUUGCAACGCCUGGAUUGUCCAAAAAUCGGGGGAGGGCAACACCAUACAAAUUUUAAUGUUUGCCUCAUUGUAAAGCUUCUUUUUCCUGGAAAUCAUUCUGAGCCAAUAAAAAAGUAAGAAGCAUUUCACCUAGUGUCUGAUGCAACUAACAGCUUAAUUCAGUGCUUAGGGAAGCAUGGUGCAGUCUUUCACUUAUGGUUUCUGUUGAGAAUCAAAGAGAUUUUUGUUGUGUCUACCUUUACCUCUAUGAAUAUUUGUUACUCCAAUCUGUCUUUAUCUUCAAUAACAAAUGAAAAUUUCAGUGAACAGAUUACAAAAGUGCAAAAGACCACAUAACCAUUUCAGCUGAAAGGUUAACCUGAUUUAAAAAAAUAGAGUAAUGAGUUACUCAAACCACAUAACCAUUUGAGUUUAAAGCAUAAAAUGGGGUUUUUCAUUAACUACCUUGUUGACCAUCAUGUCUUACAAUGAUUUAAUCAAGGUUUGGAUAAAGGUCAGGGUGUCAAAUCCCACAUUUUGAGUUUCCAUCAGUAGGUGUAGUCAUAACAAAUACUUUGGGAUACUUCCAAUCUCGAAGACUAGCUUUAUUAUUAUUUAUAUUGAUUUGCAUUCCCGAAUUACAAUGACGGAUUUAAAAUUUUACAUGCGAAGUGAUUAAAGAGUAAUUAUAAAAGCAAUUAUAUUAUAUAUAUAUAUUAAGUUAUAUAUAUAUAAUCUUAAAAAAAUAAAAAAUUUGAGAGUGACGGUUGUCAUCAGUCCUCCUUGCUCUGCGAUCUGAAUAUCUUUAUAAUUAACAAAUUAAAAGAAAAAAAAAAGGGAAGAAAAGCUUAUAUUAAGACACCAAUUACCAAUAAACAUGAUGAUUGUUUCAUGGUACCUUAAAGGAUAGUGAUUUUUGGUUUUUGGAGCAUGAAACAUGAUGAUAUUACUAGUUAUGAUUUAAUUUCUUUCGUACUUUUUCCCUAUAUUAGGCUAAG